UCCCAGUUCAUUGGUUCUGAACCUUCUGUCACUGAAAAAUUGCGUAACCGCUCCGACGUCAGCUGUUUAUCAUGGAGGAAUAUGCCCGUGAACCCUGUCCAUGGAGGAUAGUUGAUGACUGUGGAGGUGCAUUUACCAUGGGGGCCAUUGGAGGGGGGGUGUUCCAGUCUGUUAAAGGCUUUCGGAAUGCACCUGUGGGUGUACGACACAGGCUAAGAGGGAGCGCAAAUGCUGUGAGAGUAAGAGCACCACAAAUUGGAGGUAGUUUUGCUGUGUGGGGUGGACUCUUUUCCACCAUAGACUGUGGUCUUGUGCGUUUACGGGGUAAGGAAGACCCUUGGAACUCCAUCACCAGUGGAGCCAUGACUGGAGCUAUACUGGCUGCACGCAGUGGUCCCCUAGCCAUGGUGGGCUCUGCAAUGAUGGGGGGAAUUCUGCUUGCACUAAUCGAGGGCUUUGGGAUACUUCUUACUAGAUACACAGCACAGCAGUUUCAGAAUCCGAGUCCUUUUGUGGAGGAUCCGAGUCAGCUUCCCCCGAAAGAAGGCCAAGAGACACGUGGUUAUGGACAGUAUCAGUAAAACCGCUGUGUUACAGUGGAGACUGUAAUAUUAUAGACUGUGAAAAAGAGAGGAUUGUUAGAAGUUUAGGACCCUCUUCAUAGUUUACAGUACCAUCCAGAGACAGGGGAUACUCCUGAACCUUUUAUCCUCUAUGGAGCGGUGCAGGGAUGACGUAUUUUUGUAGGCCAAACCUGGAAACAAGUUAGCAUUUUUGCACUUCUGGUUCAAUCAUCCUAAAGUCAAUGGGUUUUUUGAAUGGGUUUUUGGUUAAAUGCUUGAAAUAAGGUCUGUGGUGAUCACAAACUCAAGAUAUUUUCCAAUUUUAUUCUACAAUAUAAAAUAUAUCAGUAAUAUCCUCCUGUGUUUAACUUUUAUUUGUGUAGUGUUACAAUACCACCGGUGUAUAAAGCACACGAACGAGGAGAUAAGGAUAAAGUGAGUCUUUACUUGAAAAUUCAACAGGAGAAUACAGGAACAGACAGGAAUACACACCAUGUAGACACUAACGACACCCGACAACAUACUGAACAGAAACAGGAACUUAAAUACACUGAUUGAUUAACUCAAAUGACGAACAGCUGUGAUGAAUGUGAUAAGUGUCCAUAGUUACUGAUUGUGGCGGGAAACUAGAACAAAGGAACAUGUGACAGAUAACAAACAAACUGAAAGUCCAUGUGACUGUGACAUGUAGUAGUUGCUAACAAGUGGCUAAAUGGGACUACAGAGGUUUUGGGGACAUUAAACGUCAUCAGCCAAACAGAUAAACUCAUCUAUGCAAUUGUCUGCUUCCGCAGCCUUGUUGUGUUUAUAAUCAUGCUCUUACAAACUAUUAUAAGUCUAACUUUCAGGUAAAAUGAUUUAAACAAAGACUAAAAGAGUUGUCGGAAGCUUAGCGAUGGUGAUGUUGAAGUCAUGCGACUGUGGUGUAGUUCGAUUAUAGCCUACAUUUAGCUUUUGACUUCUGCUGAUUGUAUACGCUUCAAAGUUCAUAAAAGUUGUAUUCACUUGUGAAAAUUAUCGCGAUGAACAAAACGUGUAAGAAUCAUAAGCUUUUGUUAGUCACAGACCUUAUUUUCUGCAAUAAUCCAAAAGCCAAAGGAAAAAUACUUUUGAAGAUAAUGCCAACUUCUGGGUUGGCCUACAAAAAUAUGUCAACCCUGCACCACUCUAUUAGAUGGCCACUCAGGGGAAAGCAGUAAGUAAUUUGCAUUAUGUAUGAAUUGUAAUAUACACUUGUAUUUUCUCCUGUUGCAAAGGGAAAAUUGUCACCCAAAGAUUUUCGUCAAGUUUAUACAGGCUUGUUUGAACACUUCUUACUAAGACAAAUAUACUGUAUAAAUGUGUGCUAGAAAAGGACUCCAUUAGAGCAAUUUUCAUUUAGCCGUAUUCGUUUAUGUAAUUAAUUGCAAUGUUGCAAGACUUGAAUAAUGAUUCCUAUGAAAGUUAAUUUUGAAAUUGUUCAUAUUUUGAUUUUAAUAUCACCGAUGCAGUGUUAAUGCAAACAAGGCUAUGCAAAGUUGCAGUACAUUUUUAUAUUACAUUUAUCUUAAUGUAAUACAUGAUCUGGACUCUUGAUACACCAGCAGUCUCUUUUAGAUUUUGCUUUAGAUCUUCUGAAGUUAUUAAAAUUGAGAUCUUUCAGAGACUUUGGAUCUUUUCCAUUCCAAUUCCAUAGCAUCUCCUGCAUCCUUUACCAAUAAACUGAAAUGAAUUCAUCUCCAGUACAUAAUGUGCAGUCAAAAGAGACACUGUUGUUGAAGUUGAUAUUCAACUUUAAUGUUCCUCUACCAAAUUAAAUUUAUAUCAUUUAAUCUCUCCAGUUUGGUACUGGUAAUUUUCCUACUCUCUGUAACAAUCUUUGUGUAAUGUCUUGUAGUUUUUUUUUUUUUUUUUUUUGAUGGAUUAUUUAUUUUUUGGAGCACUAUAGAGACAAAAAUAAGAGAAUAUGUAUGUAUAAGUAGCCUGUCUCAAAGUAUUUUAUGGUUAAUGCAAAGGCCUGUAUUGUUUUAGAGAUGUUAUUAUUAGUAGGUAUUAGUAAUGGUGAUGAAACCCUGUUGUAUUUGUACUAUUAAAGCACUGCAAAGAUAUUAAAGUGA